CUUCGUUCCAGGUUAUUGUUUUUCUUCUUCUCCUCCCACUUCUUACUUAUCUCCCAAUCAUAUCACCCGGCUUCCCUCCUCCAUCCGUGGAUCGUCGCCCUGGCUGUGUCACUGUCCACUGUCCACAGGAUCAGGGCCUCCACCGAUCUGCUUCCAAUGUUGCUCCAAUGGCUCCAUCCUUGUUGUCUGCUUGGGUCUCGAAACAAUCAUGUAAUUCUGCUGCCUUCUAUGGCUAGAGUUGCGACCGGUCUCCUCCUCGGAGGACGGAAGACCCUGGAUGGUGUUGGUCUCAGCCUUACUACCUUAAUUUAAGAGUUUUCAUCUUGUCUCCAGCGUUUCGGUGGAAAUCCUGUCAAACCAUUAUUUAUACUUCUGUCGCCUGCCAUCCGCUGUUACGCACCUUGAUCGAUUUUUCCUGAGACUGGCUCUCUGAUUAAGCAACAACCCCAAACCAGCUAAAAAUCAACACCGCCAAGAUGGGGUUUGGCGGCGCCGUACUACGAUUCGUGAACCUCGCCAUCCGCAUUCUUCAAUUCCUCGAUGCCGCCGUCAUCCUCGGUAUCUACUCAUACUUCCUGGCCGUCCAGAGCAAACAUGACCAGGAGAUCCCGCAAUGGAUGAGAGCCGUCGAGGGUCUCGCGGGCGCCAGCGCCCUCUACGCCCUCCUGGGCACCCUCUUCACCUGCUGCGUGGGAGGUGUGGCCUUCUUCGCCGCCAUGGCCGUCAUCCUCGACGUGGCCUUCAUCGGCGCCAUGAUCGCCAUCGCCGUACUCACCCGUGACGGCGUCCAGACCUGCACGGGGAAGAAGAUCGACACCCCGCUGGGAUCCGGCCCCAGCGGCAAGGAGUCCGCCUCCAAGGUGUCGUUCGAGUACGCCUGUCAGCUGGAGAAGGUCGCCUUUGCCGUGGCCAUCAUUGGAAUUUUCUUCUUCCUCUGCUCCAUCCUGUUCCAGGUGCUCUACGCCCGCCACCACAAGCGGGAGAAGCGAUUCGGCCCCUCCCCGGCCAACGGAUACACCUACGGCACUCGCCGCCGUGCCUUCUGGCGCCGCAACAAGAACAACCCGGAUAGCGGCAGUGCCGACGACAUGCUGCCGGGUCACCCGACGCCGAGCGAUGUCGAGCUGGGCGACAACAGCGAGAAGUCUGGUGGUCUCUUUGGGAAGAAGAAGGCUCCUGCUGCUGUUCCGCCGGCCCAGAAUAAGUUUGGAUAUGGUAGCUCUGCCUAUACGGGUAACUACUAAGAUGAAAUGAGCUAGCUGGAUAUGAACCAACUGGAUGAGAUUUAUCCAGGUAAAGACUGGGAGAAAGCAGAUUAAAAGUACGGUGGCUACUGAACCAGCGACUUAAUAUAUUCUCUUAUGUUGGAUUAGCCUGUACAUAUGACGGCUCACUCGUCUUGAACAUACUCAGAUGAUGUGUAUUCGUCGACGAUUAAUGAAUGCCUUAUAAUUU